GGUGAAUAAGAAACAAACGCCUCUGGAUUGGCCGUGAUUGUACUAGCUGCUCAUAUUUGGAUUUAUUUCAUAAUAUUUUUGCACGUUACAAGAAAUAAUUGCUCUUGGACACUGAUUUUUGCACAACGGUACAGUGUUUACAUGGAGAGGACACAUGGGCCACUGUUCUUACUGUCAUAGAUGAAGACAACAAGUUAUGACAAUAAGCAACCAGACAGUACUUUGCCAAUUAGAGUCGUUUUCUCUGUCUGAUUGAAUGGUUGACAUAAAAGCAUCUCUCAUGUGACGGUGAGGGAGCUCCUGUGUGUGCCAGUGUGUGGCUAAGCUGUUACCUUGCAAUGCAACUUCGAUCCAGUGCCUUUUACAACUUACUUCUAACAUGGGCCACCAGAGGGCUCCAGACCCUCGACCAAAGACCUAAUUUAUCGAUUCAUCGUAAAAAUACCUAUUUGUGUCUCUGGCCACUGUGGUCCACUGUAAGCCUUCUGUGCCUCUGCCUGCCACCUGCCUCCACUGCUGCCACCUUAAGGGUUGGGGUCGUGGGGCCUUGGUCAUGUGACCCUCUUUUUACUAAAGCUGAGCCCAGCAUGGCUGCACGGUUAGCUGUGGAGCGCAUCAACAAGGAUCACUCCCUCUCACAGGGCAUCAGAUUUGAUUAUGUCAUCCUUGAGGAAGACUGUGAUACAUCACAUUCUUUGGCCCGUUUUCUUGGUUACUAUACAAGGGCGUCUGGGUUUAUUGGCCCAAUUAACCCAGGCUACUGUGAAGCUGCCUCUCUGCUUGGAAAGAGUUGGAAUAAAGCAGUGUUUUCCUGGUCCUGUAUUGGUUAUGAGCUGGAUGACUCCCGUAGUCACCCUACUUUUGCCCGCACCAUGCCCCUCCCUACACUUGUGCUGCUGAGCUUCAUGCGACACUUUCACUGGGCACAUGUGGGCAUCAUUUCAUCAGCUGAGGAUGUCUGGAUGGAGACAGGUAUCAAGCUGGCCAAUGCCCUGCAGAGUCAUGGAAUGCCAAUUGGCAUAGUUACAUCCAUUGGUAAUGACCACACCAGUGUGCGGAAGACCCUGGCAAAAGUCAAGAAGGUGGAGGGUCUCCGCUUGGUCAUUCUCUGCAUGCAUUCAGUGCUGAUUGGUGGAGGAGCGCAGAAGUUGCUAUUAGAAACAGCUCAUGAUAUGCGGAUGACAGACGGCUCGUUGGUGUUUGUACCAUAUGAUACCCUCUUUUACAGUCUUCCCUACCAUCACAUGGUCCAACCAGCCCUACGCCACAACAGCAAGCUGUUACGAGCCUAUGAUGCUAUGCUAACUAUCACUAUUGAGUCUCAGGAGGAACAUUCAUUCUACCAAGCUUUUGAAAAGGCCCAGGAGCAAGGGGAGCUGCCCAUGCAACUUAAACCACAGCAGGUGUCCCCAUUGUUUGGCACCAUCUACUCUUCCAUCAUGUUCAUGGCCCAUGCUGUGCAAAGCGUCAGGGCCUCAGGUCAGUGGAUGUCUGGGGGCAAUAUUGCCCAGAAUGCCCGAAACCUGGUAUUCAAAGGCUUCAGCCAUUCCAUACAAGCAAAUUCUUCUGGCUUUGGCAUUCUGGACUAUGUGGUGCUGGACACUGAUGGCUUUUCUUGGGAGUUGCAACCUACAUACCGUAUAGACAUGCAGACAGAUAUGGUGCGCUUUCUGGGUCGGCCGAUUCAUUUCCCUAAAGGAGGACCGCCAAAAACUGAUUCCAGCUGUUGGUUUACACAUGGGAUUAUCUGCAGUGGAGGUGUGAAUCUAUUCCACUUGGUUUUAAUCUUCCUCUCUGGUUUUUUGUUCAUCUUCUUCUUGAUUGGCUGUUCUUACUUUAUCAGGCGUAGAAUUAAUCAAAUCCGAUUGGUGCGGGGUCCUAACAAGAUUCUACUGACUUUAAAUGAUAUCACAUUCAUCAACCCAUCUCUAAGCAAUAAGAAGUUGAGCUUGGAUGACAGCAAAGCCAGUGAGACAAGACUGAGCAUUUCAGAGCGAAGCCUCAAGUCUCCAUUGUCCAGUCAAUCGCCAGCCACCUACGAGAAUUCAAAUGUUGCCAUUUAUGAGGGUGAUUGGGCAUGGCUGAAAAGACUUCCAUAUGGAAACUUCCGAAGCAUUACCCCUAAAACCAGUGAUGUAUUUGAGCUGAUGAAAGAUAUGAGGCAUGAGAAUGUUAACCUCUUCCUCGGUUUCUUCCACGACUGCGGAGUCUUUGCCAUAGUAACAGAGUACUGCUCUCGUGGCAGCUUGGAAGAUUUGUUGUUUAAAGAAGAUGUCAAACUGGACUGGAUGUUUAAGUCCUCUCUCAUUCUGGACCUCAUUAAGGGUAUGAAAUAUCUUCACCAUAGGAACAUCAGUCAUGGAAGGCUUAAAUCCAGGAACUGUGUGGUUGAUGGGCGUUUUGUGCUCAAAAUCACAGACUAUGGCUACAACGAGGUGUUGGAAGCUCAGAAAUUCCCUUAUAUUGAACCGCCAGCUGAGGACCUUUUGUGGACUGCCCCUGAGAUAUUGAGAGGGUCCCACCCUGGUUUGUACGGCAGUCAACCUGGUGAUGUGUACAGUUUCUCUAUCAUCAUGCAAGAGGUGGUAAUGCGAGGGCCUCCAUAUUGCAUGCUGGAGCAGUCUGUUGAGGAAAUUAUCCAGAGGGUCCGGAAGCCUCCUCCAAUGUGCCGGCCCAUUGUGUCCCCAGAUCAUGCUCCAAUGGAGUGUAUUCAGCUUAUGAAGCAAUGCUGGAAUGAGCAGCCGGAGAGAAGACCCACAUUUGAUGAAAUCUUUAACCAGUUCAAAAACGUUAAUAAAGGGAAGAAGACCAACAUCAUAGACUCAAUGUUGCGAAUGUUGGAACAGUACUCCUCCAAUCUGGAGGAGCUGAUCAGGGAAAGGACAGAGGAGCUGGAAAUAAAGAAACAAAAGACUGAGAAACUCCUCACACAGAUGUUGCCUCCGUCAGUGGCAGAGGCUUUGAAGCUUGGCACUACAGUCGAACCAGAGUAUUUUGACAGUGUCAGUCUCUACUUCAGUGAUAUUGUAGGCUUCACCACAAUCUCAGCCAAUAGCGAGCCCAUUGAGGUGGUUGACCUUCUCAAUGACCUUUAUACUCUGUUUGAUGCUAUCAUCGGCAAUCAUGACGUCUAUAAGGUGGAAACUAUAGGUGAUGCUUAUAUGGUGGCAUCAGGCGUGCCCAUGCCCAAUGGGAACCGACAUGCAGCAGAGAUUGCAAACAUGGCCCUGGACAUCCUAAGUGCUGUAGGCACCUUUAAAAUGAGACAUAUGCCUGAUGUACCUGUCCGCAUCCGAAUAGGACUUCAUACAGGACCUUGUGUAGCUGGUGUAGUGGGUUUGACCAUGCCACGGUAUUGUCUGUUCGGGGACACUGUUAAUACUGCUUCUAGAAUGGAGUCCACAGGAAUGCCAUAUAGAAUCCAUGUCCAUUCCAGUACAGUGAAGAUCCUGUUGGAGAUGAAAUUGGGUUACAAAGUAGAGUUGAGAGCUAGGACAGAACUCAAGGGCAAAGGUAUAGAAGAAACCUACUGGCUGACUGGGAGGGAAAACUUCACUAAACCACUCCCCGUGCCACCUGUACUGAAGUCAGGACAUGAAUCUAAAGAUUUUAAAGUGAUGCUUCAGAAGGCCGUGAGGAAGAUCUCCACUGUGCGUCAGGUGGCUCAUCUCACCCUUUCUGAUGAGGGCAAUGUCAUGAUCCACCAUCACUGAUGACCUUUCACCUCUUUUGACCCCACACCUUCAGGCAGAAUGAAAUGGAAUGCAGAGAAAUGGAGGACAAACUUUGAAAGCACCAAGACCUCAUUCUUGCUUCUCAGCACUUAAUGAGUCAAGCUUGAGUGAACUGUCACAGUAACUGCACAGGGACAUCUCUUUUGUUUCUUAUGGCAGAAAUUCAGAUCAUUUGAUGAGGCAUUCCUUACGAAGAAGCUUUCAAUGUUUAGUACAAACUCCCCUGGAUGUCAUCACCAGUGCAUAUACAGUACUUUUAGCCUUUUUAAUUUAUUUGUAUUCAUUUAUUUAUAGUUUUGCCACAUAGAAGACCAAAAAUGAUCAUAAUCCAUAACAGGAUAAAAAUAUCAAAAUAUGUAUUACAAUGCAAGAAUCCCUAUUUUAUUGUGAUGGUAGCAGAUUGAGAUACUUCUUACUACUUGAGAGGAAAGUAGACUGAUGGUGCAUCAAAUAAUUUAGACUAAUAAAUCUAAUGAACUUUUUUGGUCUCAGAAUAUUUCUCUUUAUCAGUGUACAAAAACUCAUGUCAAGAAGAAGAAUUUACUGAAAUAAAUUCUUACAAUAAUUCAAAUAAAAAUAUUAAUUGUUUAGACAGAUAUUAUUAAAAAAUAUAUAUAUAUAAAUAAAUAAAAUAAAUAAGAGCAACUGAGCUAAUGAAACUAGUAUUAGAGCAGAACGUGCCAAACUAUACUUUGUGGCGUCUUGAAAUGCUGUAUAACAGUGCCCUCUUGUUAUUGUAUCAGUAAUCGCAGCAGAUGGCGACCUACAUUGUCAUACCCUAUGUAGAUUAUCCAGUAAUGACUCUACAUAAGAAGACUGCAGAGCCACGAGGUCACCCCUAACCAGAUUACCUUCUCUAGAAUCCUGUUCAUAAACUCACAGCAAGGUUACUCUCCAAUGCGUUAGUCAAUUAUAAUAGUUAUGAGUUCUAUAUCUUCACCUUCUCAUUGCAAUUUCCAUGUUCCUUGGUGUUUUAUGGUCAUAUUGUUUUUUAUGUCAUUACUCAGCAUUUAUUAAGAAAUACAGAAUAUUAACUCAUUUAUAUUAUAUUAUUCACCAUCAGUGUUGGGUGUAAUUGGAUUACAAAGUAAUUAGUUACUGUAAU